CAAAAUUCUUGCGGUGGUUGAAUCAUCUCAUUUAUGUCAGCUCUUUUGCCCUCUCAGGGGAAGAGAAAAUCUCUCAGGUUCACGCGUUUCUUCGCGAUUUCACGAGCCGCUACGCAUUUGGGCGCAAACGAGUUCUAGAGUUCGCUGAUCCGUCUCCGGCCGCAGGAUGGCUGACAAAAGGAAAAAAAUGCUGCCUGUGGAGGAAGUUCUACAAGGAUCUGUCGUCUACACACGAUCCAACCUUGAAGGCCCAAGGCUCACUGGGUUUCCCUUAAAAUUGUCCGUGUGGCUCAUGGAGAGUAGGCUCUUUGGUGGGAUUCUAUACAAGCACUUGCUCAAGACCAAUGGGGUGUCAAAGGUAUUUGAUGGCAUAGAUAUUCCAGAUGGGCCAAUGUUCCUUCCAGAGUACCCAGCUCCUGCCGAGGAACCGUAUACACAGACUUGUGAAAGUGAUGAUCCUCUGCUUCGUGUGGAACAAGCUUGGAAAUGUGUCCCGGAUCAUACCAACACGGACUAUGCGUUUAGAUUUUGGAGCAUAAGAGAUUAUGCCGAGGCUUAUAGAUCCAAGAAACUAACGCCAACUCAGGUUGCCGAGAGGUUCAUCAAAGCUGUGGAUGACUCGCAACGUAGAAAUCCACCAAUGGCUUACUUCGUGUCAAUGGACAAACAGGACUUACUCAAGCAAGCCGCUGCUUCCACGGAGAGGUUUGCAAAUGGGAAUCCCAUCUCUAUACUGGAUGGAAUUUUUAUAGCGAUCAAAGACGACAUCGACUGCCUUCCUUACGAAACCAAUGGAGCGUCGGUGUGGGUGAAAAAGAUCCGAAAGACCAAGGAUGAUUCAGUCUGCGUUUCACGGCUGAGAAAAUGCGGAGCCAUCUUUCCUGGAAAAGCCAACAUGCACGAGGCCGGCAUGGGAACCACGGGAAACAAUCCAUUUUUCGGGACAGUGAGGAAUCCAUACGACGUUAAACGCUACACCGGAGGAUCUUCGUCGGGAAGCAGCGCUCUCGUCGCUUCAGGGCUGUGUCCAGCAGCUCUUGGAACCGACGUCGGAGGUUCUAUCAGAAUUCCUUCUUCCUUGUGUGGAAUCGUCGGGCUCAAAACCACCACUGGUCGCACGACAUGCCGCGGAGGAUUAAAGGGGGGAUGGAGCAUGCUGUGCGUCGGUCCAAUCGCGGCAAACAUUGAGGAUUUGAUGAUCGUCUAUGCAGCUGUUCUUGGCAGUCAUGAAAGCGAUGUCCUCUACUCAAAACCUCCGCCUCCCUGCUUUCCAUUGCUUGAGAAAAAUUCCAUCCUAGGCAAUCUAAAGUUUGGAAAAUACUCCAAGUGGUAUUACGACGUGUUGGAUCAAGAAAUAACCAAGGCUUGCGACAGAACACUCGACGCGCUUAAAAGCGAGUUUGGCACUGAGACUGUCGAGAUCGUGAUUCCGGAGCUUGAGGAACUUCGCGCUGCGCACUUGGUAACUUGCGGAUCAGAGAUCAUGACCUCCCUCAACCACGACUACAACUACGUUAGAAAGGAUAUAAGUUACGAGGUGAGAGGGACACUGGCGAUUUUUAAGCAUUUCAAUGCGAGCUACUACAUUGGUUCUCAAUGUCUAAGGCGGCGCAACAUGUACUAUUAUAUGGAGGCAUUUAAAAAAGUCGACAUUAUCGUUGUACCAACGACACCAUGUACAGCUCCAGUGAUACCACAGGACUCGUUAAGCAUAGGUGAAUCAGACUUCGUAAAAGCUGGGACUUUGAUGAGAUUCAUCGCGACUGGCAACUUGCUCGGCCUUCCCUGUCUUAGCGUCCCGGUUGGCUAUGACGACCAAGGACUGCCAAUUGGCCUUCAGCUCAUCGGCCGUCCAUGGCAAGAAGCAACGCUCCUCAGAGUAGGAUUUGCAAUCCAGGAGCUUCACGCGGCUGCAAGGAAGGCCCCCAAAGUAAUUUACGAUCUUCUAGAGCCGACCAUAGAAAUGAUUUAAGAAGAGAUCGUACCAUUUGAUUCAUUUCUUAAGACACUGUUCUGUUUGGGCCGAAGAUUCGCAAUCACCAGUUUGAAUGAGAUCCUGCAGCUCGUCUAACACUGCCGCAUAGAUAAAGUGGUACUGUGCCUGCAACGUCAAAACUAAGCUUAGUACAUAAUGAUCUCGAAUUCUUUUAUAAUUUCAUUACCUUUGUCUGUACCA